AUGACUUCAGAAUCAGCCCGCGCCAUCCAAAAGGUCUUCCUCUCUUCGCCUUCUUUCGCUGUCGUCGGCGCGUCCAAGGAUCAGACCAAGUUUGGUACAAAGGUUUUGAAAUGGUACCAAGCAAGAGAUUUGGAUGUUAAACCUGUGCACCCGAAAGAGUCAGAGCUCGAAGGGAUUGCUACAGUCCAGAAGAUUAGCGAACUCCCUGCACCCAACCAGACGUCCAUCAGUAUCAUCACCCACCCCAAGAUCACUCUUGGCAUACUGAAGGAGGCCAAGGAGCUCUCAGUACCCGCCCUUUGGUUGCAGCCAGGAGCUGAAGACGCUGCAGUUGUCGAAUACAUCAAAGAGAACGGACUGGCGGAUCGUGUAAUUUAUGGGGGUCCUUGUAUCCUUGUGGAAGGAGAUGGUAUACGUAGCCAGCUUUGA